UGAGCAUGCGCGGCUGGAGAACGUCAACCCCCGUGGCUUUAUGAAACACGAAAUCCCUCCAUGGGCAGCGCGUACGGCAGUUGUGUCAAAGCGCGUUUGUCGAAGAGAAGGAGCUCGUCUCGGAGGAAACCGGGCCUGAAGACGGUCUCGCCUGUCCCUCACCGCUGUCCGCCGUUUAUGUGACCGACCCUCUGCCUUCAACCGCUCCUCUGUUCGGCUCGCGCUUCAACAACACAGAGCACGGGGACGAGCCAACGGUCGUAACGUUAGCCGAGAAGGGAAGUGGACUCCGUCUUCUAUUUCAUCAGGCAAAUGCUCCCAGCCGCCCAGCUUGACAGGAGUGAUGGGAUGUGUCAACUAGCAGGUGAGGCAGUCCUGGACAAUGUAAUCGGACUGACGGAUUCAUCUGCAGUGUUCACACCGGAGCAAGAUAAAGGAGGGACCGAGAUAGACGAGGAAGACAUCACAGACACAAGGAUGGGUGUGGGGAAGAAUACCACCCCGAAGUCAAUGGACAGCACCAGUGAGGGUGGAAAAUAUGAAGAGGAGAGCAAACAUGGUGCAGAUUUCUACCCUAUUCCGGUGGUUGUAAAUGGAGUUGGCAGCGCCAGUGGAGACCAAGAUACUGAGAACACAGAGCUGAUGGCCAUCUACACUAAGGAUAACCAAGUAGCAGAAAAGAGCUCAAUGUCUGAGACGCUGGACAGCACAGACAGUGUGGACGCAAGGAGGAAUGAUAUGAUCUACACCAUCGAAGACACCCCACCCUGGUACCUGUGUGUCUUCUUAGGCUUACAGCACUACCUGACAUGUUUCAGUGGAACUAUCGCCGUGCCGUUCCUUCUCGCUGAGGCGAUGUGCGUCGGCUUCGAUCAGUGGGCCACCAGUCAGCUGAUAGGGACCAUCUUCUUCUGUGUGGGGAUCACCACCCUGCUACAAACCACACUGGGCUGCAGGUUGCCUCUUUUCCAGGCCAGCGCUUUCGCAUUCCUCGCACCAGCUAGAGCAAUCUUGUCACUCGAGAAAUGGAACUGCAACAACACAGUGGUUCCAGUACUGAACAGCACAGAGCUCUUCCACACAGAGCACAUCUGGCACCCCAGGAUACGAGAGAUCCAAGGGGCGAUCAUCGUGUCGUCCCUGGUUGAAGUGUGCAUCGGAGCACUGGGUCUGCCUGGGAUCCUGCUGAAGUACAUCGGACCUCUGACCAUCACCCCAACUGUGACCCUCAUCGGCUUGUCUGGUUUCCAAGCUGCAGGGGAGAGGGCCGGAAAACACUGGGGCAUUGCUAUGCUGACUAUCUUCUUGGUGCUGCUCUUCUCUCAAUAUGCCCGAAACGUUCACUUCCCUCUGCCAGUCUACAAAGCCAAGAAAGGCUGGACCUCUUACAGGCUGCAGGUCUUUAAAAUGUUUCCUAUCAUAAUGGCCAUCCUGGUGUCAUGGCUGCUGUGUUUCAUUUUUACUGUGACUGACGUUUUCCCGCCGGAGAAGGACAAGUACGGUUUCUACGCUCGGACAGAUGCACGUCAAGGAAUCCUGGCAGCUGCACCAUGGUUCAAAAUCCCCUAUCCAUUUCAGUGGGGAACUCCGUCUGUAACAGCAGCAGGCGUCAUCGGCAUGAUGAGUGCUGUGGUGGCCAGCAUCAUCGAGUCCAUCGGAGACUACUACGCCUGCGCUCGCCUUUCCUGUGCUCCCCCACCUCCCAUCCAUGCAAUCAAUCGGGGGAUAUUUAUCGAGGGUCUUUCCUGUGUGCUGGAUGGUCUUUUCGGGACAGGAAAUGGCUCCACGUCGUCCAGUCCAAACAUAGGUGUCCUGGGCAUCACUAAGGUGGGAAGCAGACGUGUGAUCCAGUAUGGAGCUGCCAUGAUGCUGCUGCUGGGGCUUGUGGGUAAAUUCAGUGCCCUAUUUGCCUCCCUGCCUGACCCUGUCCUGGGAGCUCUGUUCUGCACCUUGUUCGGGAUGAUUACAGCAGUGGGACUGUCCAACCUGCAGUUUGUCGACCUCAACUCCUCCAGGAACCUCUUUGUCUUGGGCUUCUCCAUCUUCUUUGGUCUGAUGCUGCCAAGCUACCUCAAACAGAACCCGCUGGUCACCGGCAUAGUUGAAAUUGACCAAGUGCUGAACGUGCUCCUCACCACUGCCAUGUUUGUCGGAGGGUCUGUCGCCUUUAUUUUGGACAAUACUAUCCCUGGUUCCCCUGAAGAACGAGGCAUCAGGAAGCUGAAACGCGGUUCUGGUCUCAGUGCAGCAGAACUGGAAGGGAUGAGAUCUUACGAUCUGCCGUUUGGAAUGGACUUCAUCCGCAGAUACCCAAUCUUCAAGUACAUCCCUAUCAGCCCUGCAUUCACAGGCUACCAGUGGGGGAGGCUAAAGGAGUGCGGCAGGAGCAGAAUGGGACACGGGGAUGUGGUGAAGGGAGGAGGAAUGGGAGGGGAGGGAGGCACGGCACCAGGGGAGAGUCGGGUAUAGCCAACGGGCUGGAGAAAUCCUAAAUGUUGCUGAAUUUGGGGAGCAAGGGAUGGUACACUAAGAUGAAAUGAUUGGAGAGUGGAGGACAGAAGCAGCGCUGGAUUGUGUGGAAGAAAAUGUGAUGCACCCACCCCCUGUCAGUAUGUGUUUUCUUUAGCUUGUGUCGGUCUUUUCCCACUUUCCACUAUGCUAUUUUCAGCAUGCUAUAGCAAGUCAAAGCAUGCUAUAAAAGAUGUCACCGUGCUGAGGCUGGUCGGUGUGCGUGCAUGUGUGUACAGUAUGCAGUAACAGAUAACGGGUUCGUGCAUUAAUUUACUUGCACUUCAAUCCAGAGGGAGACAGAUGAACGUCAGUCGAAGCCGAUCGUCUGAUGAGUUGCUGACUCGUAAUCGCUGCUAACUUGUACUGCCCAAGUCAUUUUUAUAAAACAUAUUCUACUAAAAGCACAGUAGAAUGGAUUAUGUCAAUUGAGGAUCAUGUCAUGAGUCGUUCGCCUCUAGACUUGUUAUGCAACCACGUUAGAGAAACACGCAGACACACACACCGACAGCCUCACCAGCUUGAGCUCUGCAAUGCACGACAGGGGUCAUAUAGAUUGAUGGAAGUAGUUUGUUAGGUGCCCUUAGCCACGCAAAGUGAUUGUGAGAUUUAUUUUUGCACUAUCUGCCUCCUGAAUUGAAAACCAGAAUGUCACUUCACGGCCGCUCCCUGAUUUCUUCAGUUAAAGCUCCGCAGAGACCCACUUAGCAGCACAUCACGUUUCAUGUUAGACAACCUCACAUCUCUGUGUUUUCACGUAGGAGAGACCUAAUAUUCACAACACCUCCACGUGAUUGGGCAAAAAAAACUCACUAAUGUGUCAGUUUACAUCUUAGUAUUAAGCAUUGGUUACUAACUAGACCAAAACUCUACCCUUCCUGAACACACUCUUGUCUCAUUUAGCUAUCGAAUGGGGCUUGUUUGACUUCACUUUGGAGCUAAAUUAAUUAUUUAAGAGUUUUAUGUAUAUUCAACAGCCUUUAUUUGCUUUACAUGUUGGCACUUACAUAAUGACACAAGCUUUUCAUAAUGCAUGUGCUGCCGUGCUGACAGCGGUGCAUUUGCAAAAGCUACAGUAACGCACAAAGCAUGAUGGACACGUGGCCUUUGUCAGGGAGACUUUGUGUACAUAAAUACUGGGCUUAAAACAGAUACACAAUGACAGGAGAAUUAAAUGUUCUUUGUCCAGUGACAGCAGAGAUCUGUGGUCCUCUCCCAGUUUUGAGGGGUCACUUGUUCUCUGUUUUUAGCAGUAAUGUGAGUUAAAGUAGGAUUUACAAAGGCAGCACCAUAAAUAAUGCACACCCAUCCAAACCCCUUUUUUCUAUCAGUGCGGCAGCAUAAUCGUAACAAGAAGUAAGGAGGGUUUUUUUUGGAGUGUUUAAAUGUAAUACGAGGAGUUCCUUUGUUUUGUUCUCUACACUGACUCACACUAAUGUGUUCUUGCAUCAGCCGAUCAUGUCUGCUGCUGACAGUUGUCACAUAUUUGAUGGUGUUGAUGACUUUCCCUCGCAUUCCUCCUCCCAUCCUCAGUCAUCUCCUCUCACUCUCAUCCCUCUGCAAUUCGUUUACUGGAGGUAUUUGUUACUGCUCAUGUCUGUCGUAUUUCAAGCUGUGGCAGCUGGUUCGGCGGAGUGACGCACAGCUUCAGAGCAUCAGCAGCCUAAAACGCUGAAGAGUGAAUCUUUUAUUUGACCACACUGUGUGCCUCUGCUGCUUUAAUUGAAAAGCAGCAGUUUAAAAGUUACCAUAGAAGAGUUUGCAACAGUAUAAUCAAGGAAAAUUGUAGAAACAAAGAGCCGCACAACUGCUAAAUAUUUAGCCCAGCUGAGACUUUUACUAAACCAAAAUGCUUAAAAGCUCUUUUUUUUUUCUUCUGACUUUUCUGUGUCCUCAUAUACCAAAACUUUUCUUUAAGCUUGGCUUUUGUUGCUACUGAGAAACUUUAGUUUGGAAAUUAGUCUCACCCCAAAUUUCUCCCUUUUUAUCUCUUUUGUUGAAGCUAUUUAUUUAUUUAUGAGAAGAAAGUUGUUUAAUGAUUGCUAGAAGCAGGUUUAUGUGUCUCUUGCACAAUGUUGAAAGUAUAUUUAUUAUUUUACUCAUUUAUGCCCUGUUAAAACAAGUGUGGCAGUUAUCUAGCCGCUGCUCCUGCAUUCGGCCUCAGCUGCAGUUGGUGCUUUUAGAAACUCACCUGGUGAUGACAGCUUUUAAAAGUAGUUACUGUUGUACGAUGUAAGCUGCUUCAAUUUCAUUCCAUUAAUAUCGUGUUGUUUUUAAAGCAAGAGAAAAAAACACUUACAGAUGUUGAACUGGAUAGUUUAGUCAAAUCUCCAUUUCAGGGCCUUUUUACUACAAGUACUGUUUGCACAUGUAAAGGUGCCAAGAAGAUCAGGGUCUGAGUGAGUAAUGCUCAUUAACCUGGAACCCUAAAAUGUCACUAUUGUGCUUUUCCAGUUUUAUAGUCAAGUAAGAACAUUUUUUUUGUUGUUUAAUGGCCUGAAGACGAGUGGCUAAAAUGCUUUGUGACUGUAUAUUGUUGACCAUUAGUAUCUCAGAGUAUGUCAAGCUUUAGCUGCAUUAUGACUUCCCCACUGAGACUCUUAUGAUUCGGUCACAUUUAACAUUUUCUCACCUUUUAUCCAGCAGUAAAUUGCAUCUUUAAAAGUAUUUUUUCUACAUAUGUAAUAUUACAGAUGUUUGCUCAGGACAAACCCAAGGUUCAAAUCCAAUAUUUCCACAGACUAUGGUGUAGGACUGAGUAAUUAAUCGUAAAUCACAGAUAGAAACAAUGCAGAUGAGGAUAUGUAUUCAUGCAGGGUGUGUAAACCAACAUUUCUACUGUUGGGUCAACGAUUUUACAAAUUCAUGGCGUACUCCUUGAGUGACCAUUAGCUUUUGACAGUAGCUCAUGAUUUCAAAACUGUUACUGAGUUUAUAUUGAACUGAAGCUUCACUUUUAAAUAAAUGUACUGAAAAUCUGAUUGCAGUCACAAUAUCUGUCAGAAAAAAAUGCAAUUAGAUGUUUUUCCAAAAUCAUUUAGCCCAUAUUGUUAUGAUUUUAGCGAAGCCUGUAGUACUAUACUGACAGACCAGCAUUAAACCAAUCUUUGUAUCCUGAACAGGAGCUUAAGUGAGAUGUUAAAUCUGCUUUCAUCAUAUUUACCACUAAUGUUACCAAAAUAGUCCUAAAAUUUUCUUUUUUGUCAUGUAGAGUCGCAGAUUUUUAAUUUUUUAUUAUGCCUUUAUUAGGUAGUGGAGAAAGGAGCUCAUACUAGAUUUCAGUUAAUGCCGGAAUUUUUACUUACAUCUAUCAAAACGCAAUAUGCAAUAUAGUAAAAUGCAAACAUUUGCAUUGGUUCUAGAGCUGAAAUCCCUAAUCAGGUCACAAAAUGCAGUAUUUAUGUGGAAAUGUUGGAUUUAAAUGUUGGUCCCACCCCAUUUAAUGAUCAUCCUGGGUAGAUGGUGAGAAACAUACGGAGCGCUCAAGUCACAAAAGAGGCUAUUUGGAGACCACUGAUGUGUUAAAAAAAAAUGUAUAUAAAUCUAAAAUGUCAUUGUCUAAAGUUGGCUGUGCUCAGGAUCUGGAUAGCUGUAAAUACAGAGCAGCGUUGGUAAAAUGAGCGGCGUCGUUGCUGGCGCGCCGGCUGAUGUUUUGACCUCCCUGCCUUCACUGCGACCUUCCUCCAGGACCCGGCGAUGAUCGAGUAGACGUCAGACAGCAGCCGCAGUCGGUUUGGCACCUGUCCCAGUGGAUUCUUCAGUACAUGCACACAUGAUGAUCACAUGCAACGACGUUUUCUGUGUCAUAUCAUGUUCAUCCAACCAGCACUUACUUCUCCCAUCACACAGUCUCUCCUCUCUCCACACAAACUCUCUAUCUCCCCUUCCCUGCAGUGAAAAUAUAUUGGUGUCCUCUCAUAUUUAGUGUACCUGGUUUUCUCACCGGGAAUUCCUACUGUUGAUGUGUUCUGGAUGCGGGAGGAGACACCGGCUGGCUGCCUCAUUAAGAGCCUUGUUGGAGUUUUGGCAGCUGAGUGAACCUGCCUCAUCACUUAACCUCAAGAUGAACAUCAGAUAUCUCUGUGCCUAAAGGCAGCCUCUACUUGAUUUUAACAUUUACCCUCCAGUUUUUAUCGUACUUUAUUAUUUCAGCAUUCUGUACUCAUUGUAGUUGUUACAGAAUCAGUCGAGUUACAGUUAAAACUGUUGGUUUUUUUUGGCUUCACGUCAGUUUAACCAACAGAUGGCUCUUAAGAAGGCGGCCUUAAGGUGUGUAACACAAAGACAUCAAUCCCUUUCAGUUAUUUUGAAGGGGGCGCUACCUGAAGCAUAUACUUCUGUGUAUUAAGUGUUUUAUCUUUUUCAAUGUUUUUGUUUUUUAUACAUUGUUUUUAUGUUUUUGCAAGCAGAUAUUUGUAAGAAACAAAAUCAUACCUUUUAAUCUUAAAUCAUGCUGGAAAGCGCACCAUCUUGUACUUUUUAUUUAAAAAGUAAAUACAUUUUGAUCCCAUUUUGAAUCUGUGUUUUGGUGGAAUCCUUUUGUUGGUUAGGACCUUUUACAUAUUGUAUUUUUUUACUCUAACGUUGCUUUCUGUCCAUGUUAACACAUUAUUAGUACAAAUCAAAGAACAAGCUGAAAACUUUAAACAGAUGUUUAAAAAAAAAAGUGUAUAUUUAAUGGAGUACAGUUUGCUAAACAUUCUGGAAGAUAAAUUGUGUAAACUAAUUGUAGCAACAAAAUGUUUUAUUCUCUGUUCCUAAAACUAUUUAAUAAGAUGUUACAGAAUUCA